AUGACAGUCAUCAUCAAGUCAGAGAAACAACCUGCGCAGCUGAGCGUUGCUCCUGCGAAGGGGCUCCAGGUCAUUGCUGCAACAUUUGGCGGUGUGAUAGUCACAGAGAAAAUCAGAGAGCUGAUCCAGGACGAUGACUCCAUGACAUUCAAAAUGAACCAAAUGGUUCACUACCUCGCUCCCGACCCUCUACCAAAUUGGGUGAAAGCAUUGACGAUACUAUAUCGCUUCGAUGACGGUCCGCUAUCUCUUUUCAACGCCACAGAACAGCACUCCGGAUCCGUUCAAAUCUCGCGAGCGACCGCCCCGACAAUGGCCAUCCAACAACUUGAAGCGGGUUUAAAACAGGGACCCUUUGCAGAUGUUGAGAUAUUGGCUGUGGUUUACGGCAAGAAGAGGAUCCAGACGCCGUCGGUCCUGGCUGAUUUGGCAAGGUUCUUUGCCGAUGAAGAGCAACGGGGCCAGAUACGCAUGGUCAAUUCAUUCUUCAAGGAGGAUACUUGGCCGAACACCUGGAAGUCUUGGACCAUAUUUUUCAAGUUUACUGACUCCAAGAGGAUACAGUGUGUGACAGGGCUGGAGAACGGCGCUUUAGAGCUACCUUGGUCUAGGCGUGACUGA